CCUUUGUCUAUAAAAUGUGUUAAUUAUAUGUUCUUUGGUAUUUUGAUUUUUGGAACAUCAGAAAUAGUUGAUCCUUGUAUAGUUUACCUGUCUUUUCUCUAUCUCAUCAUGAUUACCGUUUUGCGUUUUCUGUGUAUAUAUUUUGUGAUCUGGAGACAAGCAUCUGUACCUUGAUCUUUUAAGAAGGUAUCUUUAAAGAACUUAAGCAUGUCUGCUAUAUGUCUGCUAUAUGACUUAAGAAAAUCUGUACCUUGUUACCCAGAUGAAAUGACUGGUUGAUUGCUUAUAUGACAACUUCCUCUUCCUCUGUCCUUUAAUGCAUGUCUGCUAUAUGACUUUAUUUGUAUUACUUGGAAGAUCGUGAAUGGCCACAAUAUAUCCCUGAAACAAUCUACAUUAUAAAGGAUAGUUGUUUAGAAAUUUCAAAAAGAUUCAGACAAAACUUAAUGGUAAAUUAUCCUUAUAAAAAAAGGUACAUUAUGUAGUGGCAAGAGAAAUUUGUAAAAAAAAUUGACUCCUUAACUAGGGAUGGGAAAACCUUACCUUAUAUUGUAGAAAUGUGUGAGAAAGAGACACUUCCCUAAGAUAGCUUUGGACGCCUUUCUAGCACUUGCCUCCCACCAAAAGUGAUGGAAAAAUAGAUGAAGAAAUGAAAGUAAAAGUAUGUGGAUAAGAAAGGGUAGUCUGGGCCACCAAGCACCCUGCUUUCACACAUGGUUCAAGGAAGAAGUGCACCCAAAGGGAUGUGAUUAGGCAGCCUACUGGGCAGCAAGCGUCAUGGUAGGCUAAUGACUUUUUGUCGAUCUAAUACAAAAACAUAAAAGAGUUCAUGAAGAUUAAUCCUAGUCUUGGAGAGGAACCUAUUGACAUAGAGGAUUUGGUCAACAUCGGAAAAAGCAGUGGCCCGUGUCCAUAUUACGUAUCACGAGAACUUCACAAGACUGUGGACAUAUUAUUUGCACCUUACAAUUAUCUUAUUGAUCGCGGAUACAGAAAAUCUUUGAAUAUUCAGUGGACAAACAGUAUACUUAUAUUUGAUGAAGCUCAUAACUUGGAAAGCUUGUGCGCUGAUGCUGCCUCUUUUGACCUUUCGUCUGGCCUUCUGACAGCUUGCAUCUCUGAAGCUAAAAACUGUAUAGAUCUUUCGAUAGAAAGGAGGGAGAUGUCAAGUGACAAAUCUUGUAAUCCUGAUAACUUUGCUAUUCUCAGAGCACUUCUGUUGAAGCUUGAGAAAAAAAUUGCUGAAGUGCCCAUUGAUUCAAAAGAGUUGGGUUUCACGAAACCUGGACCAUAUAUUUAUGAGUUUCUUGCUGAUCUAAACGUCACACAAAAAACUGCCAACAUGCUCAUUGAUAUAAUUGAGGAAGCAACUGUACUUCUUGAAGAAGUUUCAAACACUACUGUAGAUGGAAAAACAAACAAGUCAAAAAGCACAGUCUGCAGAUUGGAAAGCAUGGGUGACAUUCUGCAGCAGAUUUUCAGAGAUGAUGGGAACCCUCAUGCCCAAUACUAUCGUGUUCAUGUUCAGGAAGUUCAAGGAAGUGGCAUGGAUUCCUUUAAAGGCAAGGCAUCAAGGACACUGAGCUGGUGGUGUUUCAAUCCAGGUAUUGCAAUGGAGCAGUUCUCCAGAUUAGGUGUUGGAUCUAUCGUUUUGACUUCUGGCACAUUAUCUCCAAUGGAUUCCUUUGCUGAGGAAUUGAAGUUAGAUUUUCCAGUCCGUUUGGAGAACCCUCAUGUUAUAUCUGACAAUCAGAUAUGGGCUGGUGUUGUACCCGUGGGCCCUUCUGGUUAUACAUUCAACUCAUCAUAUAGGACACGUGGCUCUAUUGAAUACAAGCAAGAGCUUGGGAAUGCGAUUGUCAAUUUCACUCGCAUUGUACCAGAUGGCCUUCUUGUAUUUUUCCCUUCAUAUUACAUUUUGGAGCAAUGCAUUAGCUGCUGGAAAACUUUGGGGCAUUCAAACUCAAUGGAUUCAAGCACAAUAUGGGAAAGGAUAUGCAAACACAAGUUGCCUGUGGUUGAACCAAGACAAUCUUCUCUUUUUCCAAUGGCAAUUGAAGACUAUAUGGCCAAGUUAAAGGACAAAUCAGCAUCUGGGGCUGUGUUUUUUGCAGUCUGUCGUGGAAAAGUGAGUGAGGGGCUGGAUUUUACUGACCAUGCUGGUAGAGCUGUUGUGAUCACCGGCAUCCCAUUUGCCACAAGCACUGAUCCUAAGGUCCGUUUGAAACGUGAAUUCCUGGAUCAACAGAUGAACUUGCAACUAACUGGAUCUAAGGGCCUAACAGGAGAACAUUGGUAUACUCAACAAGCAACGAGGGCUGUUAAUCAGGCUGUGGGCCGUGUCAUUCGUCAUAAACAUGAUUUUGGAGCAAUUAUUUUUUGUGAUGAAAGAUUCACAUAUUCCAACCGUCAGUCGCAGGUAUCACGUUGGAUACAACCCCAUAUCAAGUGUCAUUCCAGAUUUGGAGAAGUAGUUUUUUCAUUGACACGAUUUUUUCGUGAUGGAAGAAUUCGUGGCCCUACAAAGCUAGAAUUGAUGCCACCAGAUGACAAGGAAACAGUUAUGAGAGGAGGAAGCUCUCAGUCUCAACUUCACUUUGAAAAGCUUCUUGCCCCUGUGGUCUCAUCAGUGGAUUUUCCUUGCUCUACUAAUCAAUUGUCUUCCUCAGUUAAGCAAGGCCACAGCCCUGGUAGGCUGGAAGACAUACUCCCUGCUAAUAAAUCAUCUCUUAGAUCUGAUAAGCUAGCUAAGAUUCUGGCCAUGAAACAUGCAAGUAAUUUAUUGGUCCCUGGACGUAAAGACAUGCCAGUUAGCAAUCAGAAAAUGAUUGACUUGACGAAAGAUGAAUUGUCUGAUGAACGACCAAAAGAUGUUAUUGCACCUUGUUCGCUGAAGAGGCCUCGGUUAACACUACCAGGAUCUGAUUGUCAAAGAGAUCAUUUUCAAAAGCCUCAUGACAGUCCUGACCGUUCCUCAGGUGCCCAUCUCCUGCUGUCAGAAAGUGACUAUAGAUAUUUACUGAAGAAUAAGAAGUCACAGUACUCUGAUGAACGGAGUAUACAAAACAGUAAUUUAGCUAGAGCAAACCUUCUUGAAGAUGAGAUGACAUCACAAAAGACCACAGGGUUAGUGGACCUGCAAAGCAAAGAUGUCAGUCGUAGCUCUGCUCCUUGCAAUAAUGAGGCAAAAGGAUCAGCUUUUCUUGUUCAGGUCAGAGAAAAGCUUACUGAUACAGAGUACCAUGAAUUCGUCGGGUAUAUGAAGUCGCUCAAGUCUAAAGCAAUGAAGAUAGGCCAAGUUCUUCAAUCUAUCACAAGAUUAUUUUCUCUUCCUGAUAGACUACCUCUCCUUCACAGAUUUAAGGAUUAUGUUCCCGCAAAGUACCAUUCUUUGUAUGAUCAAUAUUUAAAGAGAACUCAUGAAGUAGCCGGCCCGUGAGGUGCAAAGUCAUCCUAAUAAAGUCAACGGGUCUUCCGUUCUAAUAAGGGAACCUCUCACUCCCUGCUCCCAAGCAGGCACACUGCUAUUUAGUCAGCCAGUGAAUAGUAUGUCCAUGUGAUGGAUUAGGCAAGGAACAAGAGAAGAGAAGUAGAGUAUACCAGGUAGUCUGGAGUGCUUGUAAUAUCGCAUUUGAAGGGGAAACGCCAAGUGAUUUCUUCUCAUAUAUUUAGCCUAUAGCGGUGCAUUGCUAGAGGGUAGAGGUACCCAAUGAAAUAGUCAGGUGCAUUCAAGUUUGAGUGAACACCAUUGUUGUAAGAAAAUGUGUACAGAUAGAAGCAUAAUGUGCAAGCUAUUUAUUUGGCGGCCAAAGGAAUACCCUAUAUAGGCACUUGAUUUUGAGGCCAUUUAGUCCUCAAGAGUGGUUAAGUGGACACUCAUAAUUGGCAAGUUAUUUAUUUGACCUGUCAAACCCCUAGGCCCUAGGGGUCAUCAUAUUGUGUUCCCAUUUUGUGGUCUUUAACUGUGUAUUGCGCGACUGUUACUCCAGUAGCCUGGGUAGAUGCAUUUGAAAUGCCAUUGGAUUAUCUUAUUUUUUAAAAUUCUUUACAACUUGAGGUGUAUUCAGAGAUUUAGAAGAUAUAAACAACUUUUUAUGUUUAUUUUUAUUUUAUAUAUAAUAUCAGUCUUAGAUGUAA